CGUCUCAGAGCAACCCGUGUUUUGUUAUCGAAUAAAUCUGUGUUUUUCAACAAAUCAUUUGAGUAAAUGUAUGGUUAAUAUUAAUAUUAAUGUAAUUGUGAACAAAUUAAUGUUUAACAAAAGGUAAUUCAAGGGCCACUCAAGGGGACAUUUUCCGGUCUGGCCCUCAAGCUAAAAUGAGUUGACACCCCGAUCUAGAUGUAUUUGAUUUUGAUUUUGAUCUUGUUUUCCUCUUCCAGGUGCAGUAAAGCAUGAUCAUAAAAUUAUGAAGAUUUAUGAAAGAUCUCAAAAAAGCCCAAAAACCAUUUCCCGCAAUCCAGAAACUAUUCCAGGUGGAGAUGUCUUAUAAAUUAAGAACUGCUUACAACAAAAUGGGAAUUGAUACAAAAGGUUGUGAGACCUGUGAAUUAGAGGAUGAUUCUGAAUGGGAAGUUCAAAAACCUUCAGAGGUCACAGCUGAUGCAAAUAUCAAGUACAGUGUCAGCUCCUCUGCAGGGCAGUAUGAAUGUUCAGAGACUGGCCUCCGCUGGCGGUGGGACAGUGAUGUCAGUUUGGAGUAUCAGUUUGUUGACUGGGAAUCAUUACAUGAAGAUAUCAUGAAGAACUAUAAACCAUGUGGACCUUUGAUGGACAUCACUGUAACCUCUGGCACUCUGGAGGAAAUUCAUCUACCUCACUUCAUCUGUGUAGAUUCUGUAUCUUCAUCAGAUGAUGCAGUGAAAGCUCUUCAUGUAAACGGCAGUGAAGCUUCCAUUGGAGAGAUGUGA